GACGCGUUCUUAAAUUUCGUAUGGUAUAAAUGAUAAAAAGUCAAGUAGCCGGUGGCCGUAAAAAUAUGACAAAAAAAAGUGCGGUGAAAUGAAAAAAGUGAUAAAAAUUAUCAAAUUAUCAAAUAAACCCAAAAUGAGCCUGGAGUGAGUCAUAUGUUGUGAAUCAAAAGAAUAGUUACAGUGCCUUUCUUAUUGUUAUGAUUUCAUUGUUUUUUAAUAUUUAAAUGGAUUAAUAACAUCCGAAAGAAAAGUACAUCGUCGCAUAAAUUGCAUAAAUAAAAAACAAAUAAUGGCUUUGCCGUUACCCAUAUCGCCUUGUGCUAAAAGAGGGGACGGUAUCAGUGCUUUGGGCUGCGAGCGAUUCGAAUACGCAAGCACUAUGGCCACAACCCUGUUAGCGCCGGUUAAAACUGAACGUGAGAUCCUAGAGCAUUCGAUGUCGGAAGAUGAUCCUAACGCAAAUACACAAUUAUCAAGUCAAGUUGGAACCCAACCACGUUGGGGUCCAAGGCAUAAAGGCGCACAAGAACUUGCUGAAUUGUAUAGUCCAGGCAAGCGAUUGCAGGAAUGGGUAUGUGUGGUAUUAUGUUGCACACUAUGUGCCUCUGCCGGAAUUUUAAUGAUCAGAUAUGUUCGGGCUGAUGCUUCACUGGUACUGGCAGCUCUUGCAGGGGUCUUAACAGCAGAUUUUGCUUCUGGAGUUGUGCACUGGGCAGCUGACACUUGGGGAGCAGUUGAUCUACCAAUAAUAGGCAAAAACUUUCUCCGACCAUUUCGAGAGCACCACAUCGAUCCUACAUCAAUCACCCGUCAUGACUUUAUUGAGACCAAUGGUGAUAAUUUUGCUAUAACGAUACCUGUACUUGCACGAAUAGUAUGGCAACUAGUUACGUACGAAGAAGGAAAAGUACAUGACCAAUUUCAUUGGAUUGCAUAUUGGUAUUUGUGCUGUAUAUUCGUGGCUAUGACGAAUCAGAUUCACAAAUGGUCGCACACAUAUUUUGGGUUGCCAUCAUGGGUGGUGUGGUUACAAGAGUGGCACAUUGUGCUGCCUCGUCGCCAUCAUCGUAUACAUCACGUCGCACCGCACGAGACUUACUUUUGUAUAACCACUGGCUGGCUUAACUGGCCAUUAGAAAAACUUCACUUUUGGUCGACUUUAGAGACAAUAAUAGAAGCUGUAACUGGAUGUAGACCACGAGCAGACGACCUUAAAUGGGCACAAAAACGUUCCUAGAACAUUGAAAUUUAUUAUGCGAAAUUAUUAUUUUAUACGACUUACACUUGUCCACAUCUACCAAAUCAAUUAAUAGUAUAAGUUAAAAGUAUAUUUUGCUACGCUUGAAUCACUUAAGCACGUUACUUUAUGCAUCAACUUUUGUCAAUUGGCUGUGUGACAAAUACUUAGAUUAAAAUUGAAAUUGUGUAGGCUUAGUGAGAAAUCACAUAAAUAUUGAAAGUUAUUAUGAGACGCGUCCGCAUCAGCGAUAGGUCUGUUGAAGAUUAAGGGGUGUAACCUCUAGUGGAGUGCAUAAAGUUAGUUACUAUACUUUAUGUAUAGAGGCCUAUGAUUUUAAAAUAGUUGUCAAUUAUGGAAUAUAUUUAUGGCUAAUUAGGAUCGAGUAAAAUUGUCAUCGAAUUAUACAUCGUCAAAAUGUUCCUUUUUCAAAUUUUAAUUUAAAAAAGUUAUAAUUGGUUAUAUGAACUACUUCCGAUAUGUUGAAAUUGAAUUGUUUCAAUCUAGUGAUGCUUGUAACUAUUCGAUGUGAUGGUGUCCGUAAAUGAAAUACGAGCUAUUGUGUUAUGUGGAUGUACGAUGUUUACUACUAUUGGUUCGAUUAUUGAUCAUUAUACAUAUCUUCAUCUUUUAUCAGUAUAAAAAUUACAUUGAUGAUAACGUUAUUUCAUACGUUAUCAAUGAUAAUAAUCUUAUAAUUCGAAUAAAACCGAUAUACGUCAUUCUCACUAAUUUAUCACAAAAAAAGAUCAGACAUAAUAUUUUAUAUUAAAAAUAGUAAUACGGUUCAACUUAUUGUUUGACUGACUGUUAGCACAAUAUUUAAAUGGCAACGAAUGCGUAACACCUUAGUCGUCUGUGACCACGAAAACUGUAAAGUAUUUGAAAUUUCUGAAAAUAAAAUCAAAAUAAUAAAAGUGACAUUGAACCCCAUAGGUACAUUUAGGUUACCUAUGUCUACAACUCGCAAAUAAUGUUUCAUGUUUUUAAUCUUAAGAUUGUUAUUAUGAAUUAAUUUUAGCAACAGUCUAAUGUUGUCAACGCGUACUCUGAGCCAGCCUGAGCUUGCUUAGAUAGGACACUGGUGGUAGGACCUCUUGUGAGUCCGCACGGGUAGGUACCACCGCCCUGCCUAUUUCUGCCGUGAAGCAGUAAUGCGUUUCGGUUUGAAGGGUGGGGUAGCCGUUGUAACUAUACUGAGACCUUAGAACUUAUAUCUCAAGGUGGGUGGCGCAUUUACGUUGUAGAUGUCUAUGGGCUCCAGUAACCACUUAAUACCAGGUGGGCUGUGAGCUCGUCCCCCAUCUAAGCAAUAAAAAAAAAUAGGUACCACUAUCUUACUUAAAUAACGUUUAAACUUCAGUUUGAAGGGUGCAAGUUGCACCUUCCAAACAACAGCUAUUCUAUUGAAAGUUUGACAUCGUAUGUUAAGGUCACGUUCAUGUUCUAAUGUCUGUGAGUUUGAGUAAAGACUAAAAUGAGCCGUGGGCUUGCUUGCCCAUCAUAUAAUCUAUAUUAUGUUUAUAUCUUAUUUAUUCUUUUUUUUUAAUGCUUGGUAACGUGACUUUUAAGUAGUCUUAUAAUUUUUUCUUACAUUAUAGUUAAUGUAGUUAAAUGAAACGAGAUGAGAUGGGAUGAAAUAAAGUCUCAGUGAAAUCGUGAUUAUUUACAGAUACUUUUUAGUGGACUAAGCCGAGAAAUACGUCCAGCGGCUUUGUUUAACUUUCCCACAUUUGUCCACUUUCACAAAUAUUAAACAGUGUGCUUAGUGUGAGUUUUUUAACGUUCUCGAUAGCGUAAAAGUUAAUUCAAAUUUGUAGCUUGUUGGAACGUUAACGGAAGUUUGCUGCUAGGGGCACUUUCAGCUGCAUACAAUUUAGGGUAACUUUUAAGCUAUCUUUUUUUUUAAAACCUAUGCUGAUAGCCUUGAGAAGCUAUUUCAACUUCACCCUAACGUUUGUAUGUGAGCGCACGGGGCUCAAACCGGAGAGUUGCUAACACUGACCCUAGCAAGAGCAGUGCUUCGCAGAAACCACCGGAUCGGAAACGCAACCCACUGAGAAGAUCCGGCGAGAAACUCAGUGGGCUGUUUACGCUAUCGAGAACGUUAAAAAACUCGCACUAAGCACACUGUUCAUAAACUAGCAUUAUUACACAUUUAAAUCUGGAAAAAACACUAAAUGGAUAAAAUACAAUGAUUCAAACCACCUCGCUCCUCUCGUUUCCGCCAAAAAGUUCGUAUAUCUUAUUAGGGACUUGAACCAAACACUGUUUAUAACAUUGGGCGCACAAUAUAAUGAGAUAAAUAGAUAAUGGAUAGGUAAAUGGAAAAUUCACAUCUUCAAUAACGAGCACAGAUCAAAAUAAAAACUCAAAUAAAAUUUAAAAUAUAUAGGUUUAUACUCUUUGUAUAUUUUUUUUAUCAUACUUAAAAUCUGUAACGUAACACAAUAGCUUCGAUAAGACAAUAUUAUGCAGCUAUUCAUGUAAUUAUUUAAAUUGGGAAGGUGAUAUUACUCUAAGGCGACUAAAGCAUAUUUAUUUAUUUUAUUAUUUAGGUAACUAUGUUGAAUGUAAAUUGAACUUUAAAGUACACGAAUUACGUUAGCAUAAGAAGUUCAAAUAAUUUUUAUAGAUGUAGAACGCUUUACAUUUUUAAAUUAUCGUUUAUUCUACACAAUAAAUAUUAUGUUUCCAA